UGAAAACAGUUCCUGUUAUUGAACAUUUUAAGGUCUGGGUGUUGACGACGCGAUAAUCUACACAUUAUUAAAAUUACACAAUCUGAGGGUUUUAAUCAUGGACUCGGAUGUCGCUAAGCGUUUUAUUAUGCUUGGUAUUUUUCUUUAUUUCGGAACUUUAUUGUCUGUUCAAGCGGAAAUGCAUUCCCUGUACUACAUCUACACAGCUUUAUCCAAACCUGUGGAUCUACCAGGUAUCUAUGAUUUCACAGCUAUGGGUUUACUGGAUGACAGACAGAUUGAUUACUACAACAGCGAGGAACAAAAAAAGAUUCCUAAACAGGAUUGGAUGAAAGAAAAAUUGCCACAGGAUUACUGGGAUAAAGGUACCCAAUCCCGAAAGAGCAAAGAACAGUGGUUUAAUGUGAAUGUCAACAUUCUGAUGGAACGAAUGGGACACAAUAAAUCAGAUGUUCAUGUUCUUCAGUGGAGACAUGGUUGUGAAAUUAAAAAAGAGGGAAAUGAAGUGGCAUUCUCCAAAGGUAUCGAUGAGUACAGCUAUGAUGGUGCAAACUUCCUUUCCUUUGAUGAUAAGAACUCACAGUGGGUUGCCCCAAUGCAAGAAGCUGUCCCAACCAAGACGAAAUGGGAUAAGGUGCCCAUCUUAAACCAGUACACCAAGGGCUACCUGGAGAAAGAGUGUGUGGACUGGCUGAACAAGUUCAGAGAAUAUGGAGACGAGGAACUCAAAAAAUACUCUGCACCAGAGGUUCGUGUGUUCGCAAAAAGGGCUCCCGGUAACAAAAACAACUUGAAACUCACCUGCCUGGCCACUGGCUUCUACCCCAAAGAUGUGACUUUGGUCAUUAGGAAAUAUCGCACAUCUCUGCCUGAAAAAGAGAUUGAAUCAACAGGAGUCAGACCAAAUGAAGAUGGAACAUAUCAGCUGCGAAAGAGUGUGGAAAUUGCAGAAAAUGAAAAAGCAGAUUAUGAUUGUUUUGUGUCACACAUCACCCUACUUGAACCAAUAAUCAUCAAAUGGGAUGGAAAAUGCAUUGACUGCAGUGAAUUCCUGAUUAUUGGUGGUGUGAUCGGCGCUGUGAUUACUUUACUUGUUGUCAUUGCAGUUGCAGUUGGCUUUUAUCUUUACAUGAAAAAAAGAACUGGCGAAACAGCACAGACUCCAAAUGGAUAUUACACUGUGCCAAAUGAAAUGGCACUUCCACUAAACGGCGUGGGAAAAAAUGGAACAGUUUAAAAAAAAUGG